AUGAACUCCCUUGGCUCUUACGAAUGCAUUUGCCUUCCAGGGUUCAAAGGCGACGGUGAGACUUGUGAUGAUGUCGACGAGUGCGCUGGUUCAAUGCAUAAUUGUGGAAGAAAUUCAAUCUGUGUGAAUGAAAAAGGCGGCUACAAUUGCAAAUGUAAGCCUGGCUUCUUCAAAUAUGGACUCCUUCGUGCAGCAGGAGAUUGCCUCGAUAUUGACGAGUGUAUGUACAAGCAAGAUAACUGCGACGAAAAUUCAUCCUGUGUUAAUACAAAGGGUUCUUACGACUGCAUUUGUAAUGAGGGAUUUGUGAUGAAUGGAGAUAAGUGCGUCGAUGUCAAUGAAUGUCUCGAAGGAACUAAUAAUUGUCAUGAAAAUGCUUCUUGCAUGAAUACUUACGGGGGCUUCACCUGCACCUGUAACAACGGUUAUUCUGGUGACGGCGAAACCUGUAAUAACAUCAAUGAAUGCUUGAAGGCAAAGGUCUGUGGCAAUAAUGCCAUUUGCACUGAUCUUGAUGGAAGUUACAGCUGCUCUUGCGAUGAUGGCUUCGAGGGAGAUGGUCAAAACUGUGCUGAUAUCAACGAAUGUAAUACUGGCGAUCAUGAUUGUGACAGUAACGCAUCUUGUACUAACAGUUCUCCUGGAUUUGUGUGUUCUUGUAACGAAGGCUUCAGCGGAAAUGGAAAAACUUGUCGAGAUAUUGACGAAUGCACUGCGAAUACAGAUAAUUGCCAUGCCUCAGCGGAUUGUAAAAACACUGUUGGUUCUUUUGAAUGCAGUUGCAAAACUGGGUUCAGAGGCGAUGGAAUUGAAUGCGAUGACAUUAACGAGCGCUCCGAAGGACUUGAUAAUUGCCACGCCGUCGCAAGAUUUACGAACACAAUCGGAAGCUAUAGUUGUUCUUGUCCCACUGGCUAUGAAGGUGAUGGUUUCUCAUGCUCAGAUAUUGAUGAAUGCCAGUUUUCGCCAUGUUCUGCAGAUGCAACUUGUGACAAUACAGACGGUUCUUAUUUCUGCCACUGCAACUCUGGUUACAUGGGCAACGGAUACGAGUGCAAGGAUAUCGAUGAGUGUAUUCAGACUGAUAUUAGAAAACACAAUUGUGACGACAAUGCCAGAUUUGGUUCAUAUUCGUGUACCUGCAGAGAUGGUUUUACCGGUGACGGGCAACACUGCACCGACAUCAAUGAAUGUGGCAACGGUAGUAUCUGUGGCCAGAGAGACUGCCAUAACACUUUCGGCUCGUACAUUUGUCACUGCAAACCUGGAUUCAUGGAAACUGGUGAUCAGUGCAGAGAUAUUGACGAAUGUAGUAACGGCGAUCAUCGAUGUGAUGUCAAUGCUGCCUGUGUGAAUACUAACGGUGGAUACGAAUGUAACUGCAGAUCAGGCUAUGCCGGUUCAGGCGAAAUAUGUACUGAUAUUGACGAAUGUGAAUCUGGAGAAAACUCAUGCUCCCAAAUGGCUUCUUGCAAUAAUCUUCAGGGAGGAUAUGAAUGUUCUUGUCUUCCAGGACUUGAAGGUGACGGCUUUUUCUGCAAUGAUAUCGAUGAAUGCUCGACAAAAACAAGUGACUGCGGCAAAAACUUCGACUGCCAAAACACAAAAGAUGGUUUUGUCCUCGAUGACGGAAAAUGUAACGACAUCAAUGAGUGUGAGAACAACCCCUGCUCGGCUCAUGCUAGCUGCACGAAUUCCGCGGGUUCAUAUUCGUGUCUUUGUGAUGAUGGAUUCUCCGGUAAUGGCGUUUACUGCGAGGACAUAAACGAGUGUGAGAACGGGCAAAACAAAUGUGGCGAGAAUUCUCAGUGUGUCAAUACUGCUGGUGGAUAUGACUGCCAGUGCGAUGAUGGAUACCAAAAACUUGGCGCUCUUCAGUGUAUCGACAUUGAUGAGUGUGACGAAGCACAAAGUGACUGUAGUCCAAACGCUGUCUGUAACAAUUCUCCAGGUUCUUUCUCUUGCACCUGCAUGAGUGGUUUCAUUGGCAAUGGACAAUCUUGUGACAACGUUAACGACAUCUGUUCCGAUACGGUUGGAUCCUACGAGUGCUCCUGCGUUGACGGAUACGAGCUCGUCGAUGGAAAAUGUACCGAUAUUGACGAAUGCAAGAUCGAAAAUAUCUGCAACGGGAAUGAUUGUUUCAAUACUCCUGGAUCACAUGACUGCAUUUGCCCCGAUGGAACUAUUGGAAAUGGAAUAGAAUGUGUCGACAUCAAUGAGUGCGAAGAGAAUCCAUGUGACGCCAAGGCUAUUUGUAAAAAUACAAGCCCUGGAUUUGAGUGUGCUUGUAAACCAGGGUUCACUGGAAAUGGAUUGACAUGUUCAGAUAUUGACGAGUGCUCUCUAGCUGAUGCUUGCCCAGAUAAUAGCGUGUGUACUAAUACUGUUGGAUCCUUCGACUGCAGCUGUGAUGCUGGCUUCGAAAUGAUCGCUGGAGUAUGUCAAGAUAUCAAUGAGUGUGACGAAGGUUUUGCUGACUGCAAGGUUCGAGAAAACUGUGAAAAUACAGUUGGCAGCUUUUCUUGCAGCUGUAAAGCUAGCUUCAAGAGAGUGAACGGCAUCUGCGCUGAUAUUAACGAAUGCAUUGUCGAUCAGCCAUGUUCUCUCGUUCCCCAAUCAGUCUGUUCAAAUACAAUCGGAUCUUUCUCAUGUCAGUGCAUCCCAGGAUUCAGAAAAGACGGAGAAAUCUGCAUCGACAUCGAUGAGUGCGCUCUUGGUCUAUCGGAAUGUGCAUCUGGCGAAAAAUGUGUAAAUUUCGCAGGUGGGUCAAAGUGUGUCUGCAAGGACUACUGGCAGAAAAUCGACGGCUCCUGUGUUAAUCCCGCUGCUUCCAACAGAGCUGUUCUUGAGUGUCCAACACAUUCGGAUGCCUCCGAAAUCGAUGGAAAUAUCGAGUGCAUUUGUCACGAUGGCUACACUCUUUCAAAUAGUGAUUGCGUGGAUGUUAAUGAGUGUGAUGAUGGAGGCUUUGCCGAUAGUGGAAAUGAUGGUGAUUUCUGCGUUGAUGUCAAUGAAUGCGAUGAAAAUCCAUGCGCUGAGUUUGCUCAGUGUACUAAUACCAUCGGUUCUUAUUCUUGCUCUUGUCUCGUCGGAUACUCUGGCGAUGGAGUAACCAACUGCAAACCAACUGGAAAGUGUGCGACCAAAAAGGCUGAUUGUCAUAAAUCCGCAUAUUGCGUCGAUUUGAACGAUAAGGAUUUCGAAUGCAGAUGCGUUGACGGUCUUGAAAUGGACAAGAAGGGUAAAUGUCGCGACGUCGACGAAUGCAAAAAUGGCUCUCACAAUUGUGACGAGAAUGCGAAGUGCAAAAAUACUGAAGGAUCGUUUAAGUGCAAGUGCGAACAAGGAUUCCAAGGAAACGGUCAAAUCUGUGCGGACGAUCUCGUCAUUCCAAAAGGUGGAAGUUGUGAAAAUAGACUCGGAGGAUUUGAACUCACUUGCGAAGAAGGUCAUGAGCUUGUCGACUCGAAAUGUGUUGACAUCGAUGAAUGCGAAGAAGAAGAUUCGUGUCAUAAACUUGCUCAGUGCAAAAAUAGAGACGGAUAUCAUAAAUGCAAGUGUCCAGAUGGAUACGAAGGUGAUGGGUUUAAAAAUUGUGAUGACAUUGAUGAGUGUGCUAACAAUCCAUGUGGCGACAAUUCCGACUGUACCAACACUCCUGGAUCUUAUGAAUGCUCGUGUUCUGCGGGAUACGAGUCUGUUUUAGGCGAAUGCAUGGAUAUUAAUGACCCUGGUUCUUAUAUUUGCGAUUGUGGAGAAGGUCAGGAAUUUAAGAAUGGAAGAUGCGAAGAUCUUGAUGAAUGUCAAUCUUUCGAUCAUGAGUGCCAUCAGUAUGCUAUUUGCACGAAUACUAUCGGCUCUUACUCGUGCCUGUGUCCAGAUGGCUUUGAGGGAGAUGGUCUCAAUUGUGAAGAUAUCAACGAGUGUGAUCUCACGACUUCAUGUUUGGGAGACAAUCAAAUUUGCGUCAACUUGCCUGGAUCGUACCAGUGCCAAUGCGAGGAAGGCUACGAGAUGUUUAGUGGCAAAUGUGUGGAUAUCGACGAAUGCGCACUUGCUCUCGAUGAUGAUUGCCGGCAUGAUGACAUCUAUCAAGUGCUGUGCGUCAAUAUUCCUGGCUCCUACACAUGUCAGUGCCGAGAAGGCCUUGAAGAGAGCUUUGUCGAGGUUGACGAAAAGCAGAUUCUUUCAUGUUAUGAUCCAACUGACGAAGCUGAGCGAACUGAAGACUUCGACAAGAUCUCAAGUGCUAACUCUGAAGAUGCCUCCGAUGACUGGCUUGAUAAUUUGAUCGACCUUGAGCUCGGUGAACUUGACGAGCUUGUUUCGGGACUUGAUGAUGAUGCUGUAUCUGUUCUUCCUCCUCGACCAGUCCGCCGUGGAAAGAAGAAAUCUGAAUCUCGUAAAGAAUACAGAGAAUACCUUGAGAAAUACCGAGAGAUGCUCAGUAGAUGGAGAGAGCUUCUCCAAGAGAUGAACUUUGAGUUCCCAGAUUAUACGACAACGACUAUUGCGACUACCAUUGCUUUUGAAACGACUAUUAUCACAACAACAGGGGACUACACAACUAAUCUCUCGCCUACAGUCGAUUACACGACAACUGAAGGUUACGCUACAACAACUCGAGAGCCAUUUACAAUGCCAAUGCCAACACUGAACCUUCCACCGCAGCCGACAAGAAGACCAAAGUAUGCUGGAGAAUCUCCGAGCCGAUACAGCUCUUAUUUGAAUGAGUUUUCUCAAAAACUUCAACAAUGGAUGGCGGCAAAGCAAGAAGCUGAGCUCAAAUACCAAGAGGAUAUGCAGGUUUACUAUCAUGCACAGAUCGAGUACCAGAACUCGAAAACAACUAAAGCUCCAACCACUCGUCCAAAAAGACCAGACGAAAAGGAAUCAUUCGUGUUUGAAUUUGAUACGGGAAUCAUCGCUCCUCCUGAUGACCUUCAGCCGCCAUUCCUCCCACCUAAAUUCCAAAUGCGCCCUCAGAGACCUAACGAACCACAUUAUCAAUACGAGCAUUACAAAAUGCUUUUCAACAACCGUUUGAAAAUCCAGCAGCAACGAAUCGAUGCUACUAUGGAUAUUUAUCUCAGAGCAGUUCUCGAUUACGAGCGAGAUCAUGGCGUGCAGAUCGAUUUCAAUCCAACCGAAUACAAGAAUUCCAGAGGAUAUCAGAUCUUCACCACUCGAGUACCAUACACAACGACUACAACUACAACGACGACUACAACGACAACUACAACAACCCGCAAACCUAUCGGCGAUAUCAAAUUCGAAAAACUUCCAAAACAACCCGAUUUCCAACAAAUUCACUACAACUAUGGCGCCAUCCAAGCAUGGAAGGAGGAUAUCAAGGCUCAAGCGCAAGGAAUCUACGAUCUGGUUGCAGAGAAAGUCUCUUACAUGAUCAACGAUGAGCUUGCAAAGACAGAGGAUAGAUUCGUUCCUAUUAAACCAGAGCAGAUCAAUUUCCCAUCGAUGCCAGUUAUCCGAGAUAUUGCCCCGAUUGAAGCCGCACUUCAAUAUGGAAAUUACUUGAGCGCUAUGGCACAGGAAGUCGAGCAGUGGUACACUGAGUUCUAUUUCACUUAUGAAGACUUUGAUCAGAAGUGGAAGCAGAUGAUGCCAGUUGCCGAGGAAGAAGACUUCAAUACAGGAAUGAGAUCUGUUUCGCCUAUUCACAAGGACGCUGUGUCAUUUUUCACAGACAAUUACGUCAACAACGCUCCUGAAUUUGACUCUUCAUUCUCAUCCUCAUUCUCUGAAAAUCGACCAGCAUUUGAGACAUCUGACGAUGACUUCCGCGGAACCGGAUUUGACUUCAACGAAGAUCGAACUGAGGCUUUCGACUCGCCAGAAUGGGUCACAUCGAUCAAACCAUUCGAGGGUGUGCCCCCUCAACUGGUCAAAUAUCUCACGCCUCAGGCUAAGUAUGCUUUGCUCAAGCAAGCUCUUGGAGUUGAGUCCGAACACAAUGUCCGAGCAAACUGGGGCAAGCAACGAGCUGUUAUUCUCAUGGACGAUGACGAUAUGGAAUAUGACCGUGGAACAUUCUACGAGCGAGACCCAGAUACUGGCAAGAUCAUCAUCGAUGAGCUCGAACCAUCUCAGCAUAAAUGGGCCUUCCCGCGUUUUGCUGAGCGAACUGGCGAGCCACAGACAAGCUGCUGGAGCUGUGUGAAUGCCAAAACUUACGAAGAAUGCAGAUCUCAGGGUAAGGAACAAUUCUGCGCCAAGGAGCAGGACUCAUGCUUCAUCACUACGCAAAAGAACUUUAUGAAUAUGUCUGCCUUCGAAGAUGAAGUUUAUCUCGACGGAAAUGUUUAUUCCGGCCCAGAUAACCUUAAACCAGAUCCAGAUAACCCAGCUUUCCAGGUCGUAACAAUCAAUAUGGGUUGCAAGGCUGCUGUUGCUUGCUACAAUAAUAAAAAGCAGAACUUCCUCGUUCGAGCAGCCCAACAAUGUUUCCCAUCUUUGCGAACUACGUCCACUUGUCAUCAAUGCUGUCAUACAAACAACUGCAACAAAGACAUGGACCCGUCGGACGAAGCGGGCUGGGUUACCGACCAUGAAGGAUCAGAAGACUUUAUUGGAAUAUACUUCUCAGAUGAAAAUUAA